UAUGGCGCCAAUUCAAUUGAAAAUACCAAAAACAUCACAGAAACAAGACGAAAAUUCGCGGUGGACCGUAUAUCACAUUGAAGUAUCCUUUCCCAAUAGCUUACGUAGAAUUGUCUUUCGACGAUUCAGCGAUUUUGUCAGUUUGGAUGAAAAGAUUAGACCUUUUGAUGGUAAAGACACGUUACCGAAUCUUCCUUCAAAGUCUUGGUUUCAAUCAACCGUGGUAAACGAGAAAUUUCGUGAAUCUCGCCGAGUAGCUUUGCAGGAGUAUGUAAAAGAAUUGAGUAAAAGCCCGUGGAUAGAAAUGGACCAAGUAAAAAAGUUUUUGGACAUAGAGGAUAAUGUUAAGGACAUUACGAAAGAAAGCAGCCUUGGUCCUGUGGAAUGGAUUCAAUUGUUUCAUGAAUGCAAGCGAGAAUUGCAUGCUUCGAGAGUUGAUUUACUUUCGGGAAAAACUAGUUCUAUUUCUGGACAGACAAAAAGUGUGUAUACUACUAAAAGGUCUAUAGAUCUUCUAGCUACUUCACUCAAUCGGCUAGAGCAAAUGAAUGCCCUAGGUUCUGGCGAGGUGUUCCGAAGACGUGAUAUGUUAGAUCAACUAUCUUCAGAGCUUUUUUCUUAUCAAAAAAUAAUGAAAAGUAUCACUCACCCUACGAGCUCUCCUAAAUCCUCUGCUGAGGUCACUGCUUUCUCCAGUCCUAGCUCACCGUUCAAUCCAAUAUCCUCUUCCUCUGAUCAGCAGCCUUCUCUUCGUUCUACUCCCUCUUCCAAUAGAGUUUUAGGAAAAAGCCGCUCUCUAGAGACGCCAGUCACUAAAAAGCUUGACAAUGUUGGUCUUUACCAACUUCAAAACCAAGCUUUAACAAAUCAAGACUCUCAAGCAGAAACGUUACUACCGAUAAUAAAGCGACAAAAAGAGCUUUCUAUGACUAUUAACAAUGAACUCAUUGAGCAGAAUGCCAUGUUGGACGAUUUGUCACAUGAUACCGAUCAAAACCGCAAGAAAAUGCGUAGGACUAAAGAUCGGCUUCGUCGACUAGGUUAAGAAAAGCAAAAGAUGGAUUUAUUUAUUUAUUCUUUCAAUCUCUUAUUAUAUUUCACAGGCUAUUUCAUGUUGAAAUUCACCUUUAUUUUUGAUCAUUAAUCACCUUUACGGUCUAAUGAGGAUAAUCACGUUUAUGAAUUCAUUUGAUUUUCGUUUUCAAAUUUCAAUUUCUUAAUAAUCAUACUCGAUCAAAUCCUGCUAAAACUCAUAAGUCCUCUCUUUGAACAAUGAUUGUUAUAUAUUUUUUUAUUGUCUUCUAGAUUUUAAAGAGAUUGAAAUACGUUUCCUUUUGUUUUUUAUGCUUUUUUUCAUACAUCUAUAUAAGGAGAAAGCGUUUGAAUGCCUUAAACACGUGGUAUGAAACAAAACACCUGAAAGCUGAUAAAAAC